CAUGUCGUCGCCAUCGGGCGACUAUCGGGCUAUAUCCACCCCGCGGCCACCACCGAUAUCGGGCCAUCUUGACGAGAACACGGUGCCGACUUUCGAACGAAGAAACGCAAAUCUAUUGUUUACACCCUCGCCGGGCUCUGGCGGUCGCGCGCGGCGUAGGACGCGAAGGGAAAUCUACGGAUCGGCACCGACGCGGACUACAUCGCGGAGAAGCGUUGGCGCGCGCGAGCGAGGAGUUAUCUCUAUGACGGAGGUCCCUUUCUUCCGACUUCCCAACAAGAACCUGAGCACCGCCGAAAAAGCUCGGUUUGUCAAAGCGGUUGAUGACGGACUCGCGCAAGGUAUCAGCAUCGCAGAGACGACGAAGUGGUACGGAUUGAACAAGAAUGCGUAUGCACGUUACGCCAAGCAGAUACGGGAAGGCACCGCCGAUCCUAAGCCUGGGUCGGGUCGCCCUCAAAAGCUAAGCAAGGAGGACAAGGAGGUGCUCAUGGACAUCAACGAGGAGGCACGAGGCUCGCUCACAUUCGAGGAGAUGGCGAGGGAGUUCAACAAGAAAUGUUCCCUCAAGAUCUCGAAAGCCACGGUGUUUCGCACCUACCAUCGCGAUAAGUGGCGCUCCAUACGAAAGCGCCCCUGCCCCAAACUCACCGAGGACCACAUGAAAGAGCGCCGCCUGUGGGCGUACCACAACCGGAUUGAACAACACAAUCGCUGGGGCGACGAUGCGACGGUGUGGAUCGACAUCGACGAGGUCUCGCUGCCCAUGUUUCAAUUCAAGGGGAAAAGGAAGCUCAGCCCACGAGACAUGAAGAACGGCCAGGGUGGACACUGCGGGAGGGUCCCCAUGACUGUCGCGAGGCGACACGUCCCCUCGAUGAUGUACUUGAGCGCAGUCGCCAAUCCCAACAAAAAGAAGAAGUUCGACGCCAAGGUUGGGUUGUGGCCAUUCGCCACCUUGACCAAGACCAAGAGGAAGAGCAAGAAUCGCGACGCCGGCCUGGAUGAUCUCGAACCCAUCAAAAGCAUCAACCACAAGGUCUUCGCGGACUUUAUCAUCAACAAGCUGGUGCCAGCGAUACAGAGGAAGUGCCCAUGGGCGAAGGAGAUCGUGAUCCAGUACGACGGUGCUACCCCUCACGAGAGAGGCAUCAAGACUGCGGUCGAGGAGGGGCUCGAGGAGCGCGAACGCCGGAUCCGCUGGGUAAAGCACCCCCCCCAGUCACCCGACACCAACCUCAACGACUUCUGCUUCUUCAAUUCCCUCAAGAGCGCCCUGGCGAAGACGAAGAAGGACGGAUGGGGCUUCUUGAGAUUUGACGAGCAGGUUCAGGAGGUGUACCGCAAGUGGCAUAGCGAGGACAAGCUCACUAACCUGUGGAGGCUCAAGAGCGCCGUGGCCCUGAAGAUUGUUUCACACGACGGUGGGAACCAGUUCAAGAUGCCCCACUCCAAAAUCCCGGGCGUCCCGAGCAAGCCGCCCACGAAUGGGGCGGUCGAGGAGUACGAGUUCUUCAAGGAGGGGGAGGACAGCGAAUGAAUUCGCCCGAUUUCCGAAAAAAAUCGCGUUUUUUGGCGAAGCAGUGGCAAACAGUCUGAAUGAAAAAAAUGCAUGAAUUCACGCUUCACGAAUUAUAAACCCUGAAAGACACUCCACAAGAAAUAUGAACCGGAUGGUAGAGAAUUUGCACGGAUGCUCCACUAUUCGUUCGCAGCACGACAAAUAUUACUGAUAUGUUUUUAGUGCUUCAUCAUUUGGCUCAGGGAGCGAGGGUGAUACACUUUUUCCAUAUAGUCUAUCAUAGAUUGACUUAUAUAUUAUUAAUUCUGCAGAGAUAGAGAUGCUGUCGGGAAUUUUGGACGAAUAUUUUUUGGAUU